GAACCACGCCUGGCUGUAACGGGCGGGGCUUCCUGCUGGUACCAUGUUUGAGAUGUCUCCUUAACAACCGAUGCAAGAGUCAAACAGGAGAAGUUUUCUUCGGACAAACGUUUGGAGUCGGAAUGGCUGGGACUGGCGAGGGGAAGAAGGAAGAGGCCGACUACAAGAGACUGCACAGCUUCCCUCUCAUCAGACACACAGACAUGCCAGAGGAAAUGAGGGUGGAGACCAUGGAGUUGUGUGUAACAGCCUGUGAAAAGUUUGCUACCAAUAACGAAAGUGCGGCUAAGAUGAUAAAGGAGUCCAUGGAUAAGAAGUUUGGCAGCUCGUGGCACGUGGUGAUUGGCGAGGGCUUCGGCUUCGAGGUCACACAUGAAGUGAAGAACCUGCUCUACAUGUUUUUCGGUGGGAGCCUGGCUGUCUGCGUGUGGAAGUGCUCUUAGCGGCCCUCUCCCCUGCGUGCCCUUUCGCCCCGCCGACGCGCUCACCGCGCUGGGAAUCGACGGCGGCCCGGACGCCGGCUCCGUUUCACCCGCGGCAGAUCAGUUCGUCCGAGCUACCAGCCGCUGUGGCAGAGAAAGGAAGUGCUUGUUCGUAAAUAAAAUACCGAUCGAUGGGAAUUCACUUUCCAGGCUUUGACUGCCACUUUGGUCUGAUACAGAUAAAAAAAAAAAAAAGCUUCCUCCCUUUUUUUUGCCACUGUUCAUUUUUUAUUCUUUUUACCCUUCGUUUAAGCCAUCUUCUGUUCUUGAACGUCACGUUGAAUGCUUGCGAGCUUGCAUGUUCGAGUAAAUAAAAAAAAAAAGAAAAUACAGUCAGGGUCUCCAAAGUCCUUUAUCCUCCUUUUUUCUUCAGAGGAGUGCAAGUGUGUGAAUGACUGAUUUCCACGAUGGUGUGUGCUGGACACACAUUCUUUCCGCCCCUGACAAACCUUAUAUCGCCAUCUUCCUCAUUCGCUUCGUGCACG